UGUGUGUGUGUGUCUGAUCGCUGUGAAUUUUUAGAGUAUAAAAGCCAUAUACCAAACUUAGACACUCAUCCAAUCAUGAUGAAAGCAGCCCUUGUCCUGCUGUUUGCUGCCUACGCUCACGGGUGCGGCGUCCCCAGCUAUCCUCCUUCUGUGAGCCGCGUUGUGAACGGGGAGGAUGCUCGACCCUACAGCUGGCCCUGGCAGAUCUCUCUGCAGUACCUCAGUGGCUCCACAUACCAUCACACCUGUGGAGGCACCCUGCUCUCCCCCGACUGGGUCAUGACUGCUGGUCACUGCAUUGGAUCUCGUACCUACCGUGUGGUGAUGGGCGAGUAUGACCUCACCAAACAGGAGAGCAACGAGCAGAUCAGGAGUGUGGAGAAGAUCGUGGUUCACCCUAACUGGAAUGAGAACUGCCUGUCCUGUGGCAAUGACAUCGCGAUGAUCAAACUGGCCUCCCCUGUCGUUCUGAACGACAAGGUGCAGCCCUCCUGUGUACCAGAGAGCGGAGAGGUCGCUCCUCACGACAACCCCUGCUACAUCACCGGCUGGGGAAGAAUUUACAGUGGAGGUCCCCUUGCCACUAAGCUCCAGCAGGCUCUGCUUCCUGUGGUGGGCCACAGUGUGUGCAGCAGCAGUGGCUGGUGGGGAAGCACUGUGAAAACCACCAUGAUCUGCGGUGGCGGUGACAUCCUCUCUGGCUGCCAUGGAGAUUCAGGCGGCCCUCUGAACUGCAGGGGUAGGGAUGGCCGCUGGUACGUGCAGGGCGUGACCAGCUUCGUCUCCUCUCGAGGAUGCAACACCCUCAUGAAGCCCACAGUGUUCACUCGCACCUCUUCCUUCACCAAGUGGAUCAGUGACACAAUGCUGCAGUACUGAAGACCUGGAGCCUUUUAAAUGUCAAUAAAUCAACUUAAUCAACCA